AUGGGGAAUGCUGGUUGUCAAGAUGCAGAUGUUGAUGCAAUUAAUGCUUUGAGGAGGAUGUCUGGAAUGAGGCAAUUGUUCCAAACCGGAGGUGGUCUAGGUGGUGGUAAUGGAGGUGGCAUUGCUACCAAGGUCGUAUGCCUGACAGAGGUGGUUACUGCAGAUGAGCUUAAAGAUGAUGAAGAGUAUGAAGAUAUUUUGGAAGAUAUGAGGGUAGAAGGUGGAAAAUUUGGUACAUUGAUGAAUAUUGUCAUCCCCCGUCCACAACCUAACGGUGAACCCUCUCUAGGACUUGGAAAGGCUUUCGUUGAGAACUACGACACUUCAUGUAUAAGACAGUGCCUCUACGGUAUCAUCUACCACUAUGUUUCUCAUAAUCGGUGUUAG